AUGCGAUCACGAACUGGCUGUCUAACGUGUCGAACUCGAAAGCUGAAAUGCGACGAAGAAAAGCCCGAAUGUUCUCAGUGUCGCAAAGGCGGUCGAGAAUGUCGCCCAAGCGAAGGUGUCGUUUUUCGCCAUCAACAGAACGCGUCGAUGAACCGCAACCUGAACCAAUCACCAGAAGGUCGCGGUAGUUUGAACGGCUUCUAUUCAUACAAAAACACCUUUGACAAGGACAGUGUGUGGUUGGAUGUCCCGAAACAUGUCAUAUUCGUCGACAACUCCGAUCCAUACGCCGAAGAUCUCGAGGCCUCACUGGCGGAACCGGGCAGUAUAGCACUGGCGCAUUCUCCCAACCAGAAAUGGGGAAGUAGCGGCUCGCGGGCGAGCGAUGCCGAGACACAGAAAUUGGAAGCCUUGUCGGCGAUCGCAACACACGAUCGCUUCCCCUAUUCUCCCAUGGAGCAUUCAGUCUCCGAUAAUACCUCUUAUACCUCUCCAAACCGACACCGCAAUACGCUCCCCCCGACUUCUCCCUCCAUGUCGCUGUCGUCCACCAGCAACAAUACCAAUAUUAAUUUCCUCCUCAACCCUUCACACUCGCUCUCUCCUCCCAUCGACCCAACUAUUCAGUUAUCCGAACGAGGUACUGCACUCCCAACAAGACCGGCUGCUUUUCAGAGGAGUAUGAGCCAAAUGAGCAUGAGCCACACAUUAGACGACAAUGCAGAGACGGAGUUCGAGACAGCGUUCUUCCUGCGACAUUAUUCCGAAGGCCCGGGACUUUGGAUGGACCUCUAUGACCUUGGGACAUAUUUCGCAUCAUACGUCCCCGUCCGAGCAAGAACAAAUCCACUCUUAAAAUUCGCCGCUUGUGCAUAUGCCGCCAAGCAACUAGGCCGAGUGAAAGGUGUCAAGGCGCCCAUGGGCGGAGUAUGCACCCAGCAAGCUGCUAUGGAACUGUGGCCUGAAAAAGACCCUGAUUUCGCCUGGUACGGGGCCAAGUAUUAUGAGAAGGCAAUCCAGCUCUUAAUGAAGGAGCUGCAACCCGAUGCCGAGGGCCCGCCGCCAUUGAGCACACCCGAGGCAUUUGGGCAAUGGCAGGCUUCCGAGCUUGUGGGCGACACCAGUAACCCACGUAAGCGCCGGAGACGAGUCUCGGAUAGUCGACUUUCGCAUGGAGUCCAUUCAGACGAAGUGCUAGCGGCGACGGCUAUCUUGUCUGUGUACGAGUUUCUUGAUGCGGCCGGCCCUGCGUGGAAUCGCCAUUUGAGUGGCGUUAAGUCGCUGCUUGAUGUCGCCGAGGUGGGCAUGAUGCCUGUUGAGCAGCGCUCGUCUCCUGGGGAAAGCUCUUAUCAGAAUCCCACGCCGAAGAGAUCGGGCCUUUCAAAGGCUCGGAGGGCGACUUUUUGGAAUUUCGCGAGACAGGACUAUCUAGCUGCUUUCAUCAACGAAUGCCAUACGCGACUCAACACAGACGACACGGUUCUCUGGACCGAAGCUGGUCUACUGCUAGAUAACGCAGGUUAUGUCCGAGCCAGCAACACGGGCGCAGCAGGAUACCCGGAAGGCGAAGACACCAUGAAAGAAGACCUGAUCAGCAACAGCCUCGUCUGGAUUCUGUCCAAGAUAGUCAAUUUCAUAAGUUCCGGCGACAACGUGCAGCUAACCGACAACCGGUCGAUGACAGGCCCGCUAGGCGUCUCGCAACAGGCCCUCCUAGAGCACUGGUACCGACUCGAAUCCGAGCUCGACGCGUGGUAUAGCGGCGUUCCGGAGACUUUCCGGCCCUGCGCGCGAAUGGACCCAUCCAAGCUAUCGCACCACCGCCCGGCCAACGAAAACGAGGAUAUCUCCACAUUCCAGGAGAUCUGGUUCAGUCUCUCGAUGUGUGCUUCAUCCAUGCAGCACUACCAUAUGGCGCGCAUUCUGCUGCUAAUCAACAAGCCCCACGAGUCGACCAGUCGGCGGAGUACAAUCGCACUGCGCUUGCAAUCAUACCGCUCCAUCGAGGCGGAGAUCGCGUUCCAUAGCCGUGAGAUCGUGGGUAUUGGGCUCUCCCGCCCGGAUGGAAGCGUCAGGAUUAACUCGCUCCAGCCGCUUUUCGUUGCUGGUCAGUGUCUGACUGAUCCCCGCGAGCGGAGGACGACCGUUCGUCUGCUGAGAAGCAUUGAGUCGGAUCUGGGUUGGGCGACUGAGUAUCGCGUUCAGCAGUUGCUGAAGGAGUGGGGGUGGGAUGAGAGUACGAGCCGAUCGCUUGGGUCGGGUUCUUGA